AUGCAUUGGGAUAUAGGCAGUGCGCAAUGCCUCUCCGAAGCUGCAGCUACCGGCCUUGCUCACGACCUGCGGAACGGACGUUCGGAAGCUAAUACGGACCCAGAUACCUAUUAUGCGGCUUUGGAUGCCGCCAAAAAGCAGCAUUUAUUAAGCCUCAUUGCCAAAAUCAACCUCGUGGCCCUGACUUCGGCUGCUAGCACGGCUCGCAAUGGCUUGUGCUGUAGAGUGCCAGCUCUCGAAUUCCAUUCCAAGGGUCGGCCCAAUCUAGAACUUAUCCAGAGCCAGUUGGGCGGCCAAAAUUGUCAUCUUGACAUUGAGUUCGAGGACGGUACCGUCUGGCUGGCCCGUAUCCGCCUCGACGAUCCUCUACUUCCGCCGAAACCUACCCAAGAAUACAUCUUCAUGAGCGAGAUGGCAACGCUGAAAUUUCUAGAGAAGACAGGCGUCCCCGCUCCAAAGGUCUACGCAUAUGCUGCUGAUUCCAUCAUCAAUCCUGUUCGUGCAUCAUACGCGCUUAUGGAAAAGUUGCCUGGUGUGCCAUUGGAAUGGGAUGAAGCUACAUCCGGCCAAAGGACCAGAGUCAUGGACCAGCUUGUGGAUAUCUUCCUUGAAUUAGAGAAGCACCCUUUUCACACCAGUGGAUCCCUGAGCCUUAGCCAGGACGUUCUCAAAGUUGGCGGCUUCGCGCAACUACCUUUGUUCUCGUCCCCAGAACAGACACUGGGCCCUUUCGAAACCCUACAGUCUUCGCUACAUGCCAUGAUCUCUCAGCAGCAAGACCAAAUCGUCAACGGCGAGCUUUCCUCUCUGGCCGUGGAUAAUUAUCUCUCCCACUGCUGGCGUCUUGACAUGAUCACGCAUGUCACUGCCCACUGCCACGAAAGCGGACCAAGCUUCUUCCUCAAACAUUUUGACGAUAAGGGUGAUCAUAUACUCGUCGACGCUGAUUUCAACAUCACUGGUAUCAUCGACUGGGAAUUUGCCUCCGCCGAGCCCAAUACUCUCGCCUUUAGCACGCCGUGCAUGCUCUGGCCUGUGGGAGACUUUUAUGAAGGGAAGAAUGGGCUUUCUGCGGAAGAGAUCGAGUUUGCAGGGAUUUUCCAGGCCCGUGGCCGUGGUGACAUCGGCAAGAUUAUGCUGGAGAGUAGAAAGAUGCAACGAUUCAUUUUUUUCAAUGGUGGGGGUGUCUCUAGCGACCAAGAGGAAUUUCAGGCUCUAUUUACUGGGCUGAGAACUGCAUGGGCCACACAAGAUGAGCAUCCGACCUCUUACGAAGAUUGGAAACGGGACGCGGAAAAGAGAUACAAAGGCGAUCCUGGCCUGCAGAUUGUCCUCCGGGGCCAAAGUGGCAGUGUUUCAAAAACCGGAGGACGGCAGUGCAGUUGCUGCCGGAUUCAAGGGGUAAAUGAAGGUUAG